UUUAGUUCACUUCGCAGCGCCGCAAAGAACAGAUCAAUUUUGAUUCCUGAUUCCAGUUCAAAAUUAUAAUAAUGAGGAAAUAUAUAGUACUUUUCGCUUUUUUGGUGAUUUUAAAAACGAGUUGGUGUUCCAAUGAGAGACUGGAAACUAUUAUCAAUGGAUAUGGUCAGCUGAUUGAAGCAAAGGAACAGGAACUGAUAUUGCUGGAGAUGCAGAUCAGCGACUUGCAAAAGAAGCUGGAUGAAAUUAAAACAAAUAGUGUGAAUAUCUUGGAGUUGGACCAACUACGAAAGAAUCUGAUGGAAAAAGAGGAACAACUCAUGGUUUGUGAGAGCAACGCCAAGAAUCAGAGCGCUCCAGGAUUCUGGAGUACAGUGAAGGAAAUCAUAAAGCCAAAACUGGAGGAAAAACUAAAGUUCUUGAGUGCAAACAAUGUGGAAGCCAACGCGAAAACUAUGAGUAAACAAGAGGAAGCCAAUGAAAGCAGCACUUGGGAUUGGAAAGAUAUUCCCCGCCAGAUAGUCCUUUAUUAUUCAGGAAACUGAUUCGUAUACAAAUAAAAGAACAUAUUCAUAUUGUUUA